CCAGCGCCGGGCCUCGUUGACUGUAGGCUGCGGGGGGUAGGAACAUGAAGUGUCGAUGAAGGAGGUCACACACGUGGUGAUAACUGGCAGUGAUUUCACUUUCCUUCUCUCGUUCAUCAGUAUUUUGUUUUCGACCUGGCAGCCCAUUUCCUUGCAUCUUGAGGUUUUUUUUUCGGUGUUCGACGGUCAGAUUCGACGCAUGCUAAUAAACUGAUACUAUAUCUCUAAUAUAUUGCUCUAUUCGCCUGUUUCUCCUUGUGUGGCAAAAUCAUCUAUGUCGUCCUAUCUUAAUCAGGGUGAUAUAGUCAAAAUUCGCGAAAACACUCAAUCUUCAUUACGUUCUCGAUCCGCAAGAACCUCCAUCUCCUCACCGAUUCCCUUGCGCUCUGCUCUAGCGACAGACACAAAAGUACCCUCGACCCCCACUUCCAACACAGGCAAGGGCAAACGCAAAGCUGAGGAGGUCGAAGGAAAUACUCCCCCAGAUGUACGGAAACAGCGAGCCACUUUUGCAGCAGAUCCACGUCCUCAUCGCGGAUCAGGAACCUCAAGCUCAUCUCAAGCGCCUUCGUCUUAUACUCGCAAACGCGCGAGACUUUCUACUGCAGCGACUACCUCAGCCGCAGGGCUUGCAGCGACGAUGACUGCUCUGGGAGAGAACGAGGUCACAGGCUCGAGAUCAUCGUCGCGUUCAGAAGCCCAACGAAACCAGAACGCGGCUACUACUGGAACAUGGAACUCCACGCGAAGUCGCACUGCUAGCAUCAUGCGGUCCCAAUCCCGUACCUCCCACCGAAGUCAGAACACGCCCAUCUCGCGUCCCCUUUCCGUCGCACCGUCUAAGCGCGGUAGUAUCUCACAAGCUUCUAUUCCCAUUUCUGCCUUGAUAUCACCUCACGCACCAUCCAUAUCGCACCGGCCUGCCUCAACCUUUCAUAUGCGUGACCCACGCAAGCCGCCCAAAAUUCAGCCCACACCGUGGACACCAGCACUUCCUCGGACUGGGUACGGAGAGCACGGCUAUCUCAGGGAACGCGUUGCUUCGAUAUUGGAGUCAGGAUUUGUUUUGAGACGUCGAACGCAGGACCCGGAACAUCAGGAGGAGAACUCUGCGCCUGUGGGAUGGUACGAAGGAGGAGGCAGUCCACCUCAUGCUUGGCUGUUCUUCCUAGGAUUUAUCAUUUUCCCCGUUUGGUGGAUUGCCGCAUUUCUAAAAAUCCCUAAGACAAGAAGUAUUGAAGGCGGCCAUGAUGGUCAAAAAUCGGUUAUACUGGACGAUCCCCAAGUCGAACACGAUGCAAGAUCGUGGCGUAAACGAUGUCGAAUCAUGAGUGCAAUGUCCCUAGUGACUUAUAUCCCCUUCAUCAUCCUUGUUGCCAUCUUUGUUCCACGGUGACGACCAUUGGCCUGCUCCAUUAGGCCCCAUCUAUUAUAUCUGUUUCUAUAUCUCGUUCCCCUCAAUCUCCUGUAUCAUGUUUACACAGACCGCGUCUUUACAAGCUGAACCCGAAACUGAAAACUUACCCUACCCUGAUAUGCACUUUUGCACCUCCCUUCUCCCAUUCCCCGCAAACCCUUCAUUCAGCGCACUCGCUGUUAAAUUCCACAAUUAUACCAGCUCACCAUCCCCACCCUCUUUUGAUAUCGACCCUCUUUUGAACAUAUCUGUUGUACGUAUGCCAUAUAUCAACAAUCUAUGUACCUG